UUGAAUAAUGUUUCUUGCUGUCUUCCUUUCCCUGGGCUGGCUGAUGCUGCAGUUGGCUGCUGGGGAGCUAGAUUACACCUCUCAGGCUGAGGGGAUGCGGCUCCAGGGCGACUUUUCCUUCGCAGGACUCUUUCCCCUCCAUUACACUGAUGUGUCUGCUAACGGUCUGCCUGCUUUGGUUCCAUGUGAUCAAGGAAGACCUAAUAAACACGGGUUUCACUUGAUGCAAGCCAUGAGAUUCGCUGUGGAAGAAAUCAACAACAGCUCCGGCCCGCUGCAUCUGCUACCAGGAGUAAAGCUCGGCUACCAGAUGUACGACAUCUGCUCUAACCCGGCCAGUUUCCUGGCAACGCUGGACCUGCUGGAGCAGCAGUACCAGAACUUCAGCAACACUCAGAGAGCAGUUGGUGUGAUUGGACCAGACAGCAGCAGCAAGAGUUCCACGCCAGCCGCUCUGCUGGGGGCUUAUGUGAUUCCACAGAUCUCUUAUGAAGCAUCAAAUGAAAUGCUGAGCAACAAGGAGAUUUAUCCAUCGUUCUUCCGCACGAUUCCAAGCGACAAGAACCAGGUGGCAGCCAUGAUCCAGCUGCUGGUCCGGUUCAACUGGAUGUGGAUAGCUCUUUUAGGCAGCGACAACGACUACGGACUGCAGGGCAUGCAGAGCCUGUCGGAGCAAGCCCCUCACCACGGCAUCUGUAUCCCAUACCAAGGAAUCAUCCCCACGGCCUCCAAAGACACGGUUCAGACUAUGAGGAACAUGGUGGACAACAUACUGAAAACCAAGGUGAACACCAUCGUGGUGUUUUCAAGCAAGACAAAGUUCCAUGACUUCCUCCCAUAUGUGCUGGAGAGAAACAUUACAGAAAAGGUGUGGAUCGGGACGGAGGACUGGUCGCCGUCCACUCUCAUAUCCGGGAUUCCUGGGAUCCAAACCAUCGGCACCGUGCUCGGAAUCUCGGUCAAGGAUGCCGCCAUUCCUGGGUUUGACGAGUUCCAGAAGAACACGGUCGAGACUUCAAUGCAACACGUCAAGGGAGAGGCCAAUAUGACCCUCGGCGGUGGCAAUGACUGUCUGCAGAGCACAGACCUGUACUCUCUCGCCAGGAACGACUUCUCCAUGGAUAAAUAUGACCUCACCUCCUCCUUCAAUGUUUAUAAGGCAGUUUAUGCUCUAGCUCAGGCUCUGCAUCAAGCUCUUGGCUGUGAUUCUGCAGACUGCAGCAGGAGAAGUGUGACUCCACCAGAGCUUCUGGCGCAGCUCAGGAAGGUUCGAUUUUCUCUCGGCAACUCUUCUGUGUAUUUUGACAUGCAUGGGGACCCACCCACUGGGUACGAUAUAGUGUCCUGGGUUUGGAGGGGGACGGACUGGUCUCUCAGAGUGGUAGGCUCCUUCGCACCGGACCCCAUCGCCCUCACAGUGGAUGCCAGUCUGAUAGAGUGGCACGGCAAAGAAGACUCAGAAUCGGUACCCGAGUCCUUCUGCUCUCCGCCUUGCCCAAAAGGUCACAAGAAGCUGCUGACAGGUCAGCAUGCCUGCUGCUUCGACUGCCAGGCCUGUCCCUCUGCCACGUUCCUCAAUAAAAGUGACCUGACAGAUUGUCAGGCCUGUCUGCCGGAGCAGUGGGCCCCCCCAUCCAGUGAGGAGUGUCUGAACAGGACGGUGAUACAGCUGGACUGGGACCACCCUCUCUCCAUAGCUCUCCUCUUCUUCUUGGCCACCUGCCUCCUCCUGACCUCCAGCACGGCCGUAAUCCUCCUGCUCAACCUGAACACACCGGUGGCCAAGUCCGCCGGGGGCCGCACCUGCCUGCUGAUGCUGGCGGCCCUGACGGUCGCCGCCCUGAGCACUUUGUGCCACUUUGGCCGGCCGUCCCCGGCGGCCUGCGUCCUGAAGCAGCCUCUGUUCACCAUCAGCUUCUCUGUGUGUCUGGCCUGCAUCGCGGUGCGCUCCCUGCAGGUCGUCUGCAUAUUUAAGUUUGCGUCCAAGCUGCCGCUGGCCUACGACAGGUGGACGAAAAAGCAGGGUCCAGAGGUCACCAUCUUUCUGGUGUCUGCCACUAUCCUGCUCAUCUCGGUGCUCCGGGUGUCCGUCGACACUCCGCAGCCUUCCCAGGACCUGCGGUUCUACCAGGACAAAAUUGUCCGGGAGUGCAGUAAAACCCUCUCUGUCGGCUCCGGCAUCGAGCUGGCGUACGUCUCGGUCCUCAGCGUCCUCUGCUUCUCUUUCAGCUACAUGGGGAAGGACCUGCCGGCCAACUACAACGAAGCCAAGUGUGUCACCUUCAGCCUGAUGGUGUACAUGAUCUCCUGGAUGAGCUUCUUCACCCUCUACCUCAUCAACAGAGAAACCUUCACCAUGGCGGCGCAGGUGUUCGCCACACUCUUCAGCGUCCUGGCCUUCCUGGCUGGAUACUUCCUCCCCAAAAUGUAUAUUAUCAUUCUGAGGCCCCAAAUGAACACCACAGCACACUUCCAGAACUGCAUUCAGAUGUACACCAUGAACAAAAACUGAAAUGGGCUCCAAGUCUGGAACUCCUUCCACGUGUUAUCAAAUGGCCACAAACUGUAGUGUGUUAUAUUGAGAUUUUCAUGUGGUAGAUCAGCACAAAGUAAGGCGUAAUUGUAAAGUGACAGCAAAAUUGCACACAGAUAUUGAUCAUUUUUGGCAAAACAUCAGGGAGAAAGGUCAACAGAAAGAACAUGCCACAACUGUGGUAACACCAAGAAACAGUUUGUCAAACUUAUAGUUCAUCUGAUGUUUAUAGCACAGAUUUUAUUUUACCAUUAUUUUUUUUAUUUUUAGUUUUUGUGUUUGAGUAACAUCUUUUAAACUCCAGAUUUUGACAGUACUGGUGUAAAGUAAUAGAAUAGAGCUUCGACUUAUUAACAUUUUACGAUGUUUGGUAUGAUAAAAAAUAAAAUUGUAUUAAUGUGCUGAGAAAGAGUUAUUUUAUGUUGACUCUGCAAGAAAGACAAUCAGCAGAAAUUAAUCUUGUAAACAAUGAAGGGAAAAUGUGGGGAUGAAAUUAAUAAAAUUGAUUUUGGUCACACAAUUUUGUUACUGUGGAGAGUAAAAUAUGAAGAUGUCAGUGUUGUCAUGUGACUGACGUUCCUGUGAAUUUGCCUGCUCUGGGAUGAAGUGAGCGAUUUCUUAUC